AUGGUGCGUAAUUCGGUUAUCUUGAUUUCACUGCUAUUAUUCACAAUUGCAUUGCAAAAUAGUCAAGCAAAAAGAUGUCGUUUUAUUGGUGAAAAAUGCAGUAAAACUGUUUUCGAUAAAUGCUGUGGCGAAAAUUUAUGCCAGUUGUCUUCACCAUUUAAUGGUGUAUGCGUACAGUGCCUGAGCGGUGGUGCAGCUUGUGUAAUGGACAAACACUGUUGUUCGCGUAAAUGUGAUUGGGGAAAAUGUAAAAAGGAGAGAUAUUUCUAG